CUAGCAGGGGGGAUCAUGGUCCUGAGCCGCUACCUCCUGCUGCUCUUUCUCGUGGCCCUGCCAGCCCAGAAUGCCCAGAGUGCUCCAGCAGCUGGGCAGGGAGCAGUUGUGGACACAGAGAGUGCUCUUUCAGCCCCUGAGCGAGGGACAGAUACCGUGCUGACUCCGAGCUGGUACCUCAAGCGGAUGAACGAUGACAAGGUUCCUGAAGAGUUCCCUGAAGGAUUGCCGGAUGUUCCAGAGGAGCUCCUGGCAGCCUUGCAUGAAGCCCCGUCUGAGACAGAUUCUGAGACUGUGCCGGAGACCUUAGCUGUGGAAGAAAGUGACAUUGUGCCAGGCUCACAUGAAAAAAGAGAACCAAUAGAGGACACCAGGACACUUGCUGAGCCUGAGGAAUAUUCAGGGUCAUCCGGUGGGCAAAAAGCCGAGACUGCUGGACACUGUGACCCGAGCAAGUACUACAUCCUAGUAGGGACAGUAGCAGCCUCAGCUUUGCUUCUGCUUGGGGCAGUGUCUGGCUAUCUAGUCAUGCAUCAGCUGCUGAAGAGAGACAGGAGGAGCCAGGAGGACAAAGAGGCAACAGGACAGGACUGGGACUCUUCCUGGGAAAGCAGUGGUCAGCCUAGAGGUGAAGCAGAGUCAGGAGAAGGAGCCGGAAGCUGCGAGAGAGCCCAAGGCAACGGGUUCAGGGACAGCUGCCGCCUGUUUCCUGAGCUCUUUGCAGCAGAGCUCGCCCAGCUGUACAAGAACAUGAGCGCAGACCCGUCACCUCUGCCCACCUGCUCCUUCUGUGCUCUGGCUGAUAACACCUCUUCACGGGACCACUGGAUUUCCCUGGAGUCACCUCAGCCCACAGCAUCCUCUUGCCCCUCCUACCAAUACCAGCAGGACUACUAUCUCUUAGAGGAUGAUGAUUAGUGAUAGUGAUAGAUGAUUAGUGAUAGUGAUAGCCAUAAAUAGUGAUAGUGGUAGUGAUUCUUUUAGUGAUAGUGAUAGGGACACUUGAUAUUAGAGGGUGGUGGUUGUUUUAAUGAUAGUGAUAGUUAAUAUUAGAGGAUAGUGAUGGUUUUAAUGAUAGCGUUAUUUGAUAUUAGGGGAUAGUGAUUGUAUUAGCGAUAGUGAUAGUUAAUAUUGGAGGAUGGUGAUUGUUUUUGUGAUAGUGGUACAUUUAGUGAUAGUGAUACUUGGUAUUAGCAGAUAAUGAUUGUUUUCUUGAUCUUGAUAAAUAAAUAUUUUUCCAAAAGCAGUAAAUUCUUGCCUGGUGUGGCUGUUUCUGUUGGGGCAGAAUGCACAGAGCUGGGAGCAGGGCUGGGGCUGUGACAGGAGCUCUGAGAAGCUUGCACUGCAGUGCAGGAGCUGCUUGUGCCACCUCAGCCUGCUUUCCCAGCAGUGGCCGUUCACAAAGCUUUCCUGCACCAGCACGGGGACACGCUGGCUAGCAGUGACAUGCAGAAACUUCUCUGGGAGCUCAUUUGGGAUGCUGCCCUGAAUCAGGAAGGUCUGGGCAGAGAGGGAAAGAUGUUCUGCGAGGGAUGGCUGUCCAGCAGUGAGCACAUCAAGGAGACCUGAGGUGGUGACUUAGGUCGUGGCAGUCCCUCCCUGAAGAGCUUCAAGAGAGGAGCAUCAAGGAGCGGAAAGCUGGAGCCGGGCUGUGUGAG